UUUUUAGGGGAUGAAAUACUCCAUCGCACAUAAAUAGCUUUUUCCAGAUGUCGCCGGAAAGUUUUUGUUUGCCACGGAGCAGCACACAAAGUUAGUGAAAUGUGUCAUCGGGUUGUGUGCGGGAAGCUCGAACACACGAUGUGUGUGUGCUGCUGCUUCGGUGUUUGGAUGAAAAGUUUGCCCGAAACAGUUCAUAAUCUUAACCACUUGAUUUGACCGCGAAAAGUUUUGAUCUCAGCAGCAUCAUAAACCCCGGGACGCGUUGAUCGUGUGGCUGUGUUUUAUGACUUAUGGUCUUGUCUGUGUGGCUGUGGCUUUUGUUCUGAAGAUGAUCCAAUUUUUGUCACCCCACCAGAGAUCUGUUUUUAUGUUUUAAAGUUAAGUGUUCAUAAACAUUAUUUUGACAUUGUGAUUACCAUUAAAUGCAUUUAGAUUUUUUAUUAUCUGUUCGCUGCUCAACAAAGUAUUUGAGCGGUAUUAUUAUGGUUACAUUUUAAAUACUCAUUUAUUGUUAGGUGAUAUUACGUAUUCGUAUUAUUUAUUAUCAAACCAAGUUUUUUUUAUUUCAAUAAGGACGGUCAGGCCGUAUGACUUAACCAUACCAAGUUCAAUAAAAAAAUUUCAAUUUACCAGCAACCAUCAUUUCACAACCGGAAUCGAAUCAUAACUCCCAACCAUUGCUUUAUUUCUUUUGCUAUGCUCCAACAGUCACAGUAAAACAAUAUCAUCUGCCGCCAUAAAACGGUUCAAUUUAGCAUGCAGUCGAAGGCUAUCUUAUCGCCAUGCUCUUUAGCUUCGUAAUCGUACCCCCUCCUGUGGUGAUGCCAGAUCCUUGGAUCGAUGUGAAAAUAACAAAAGUUUAAUAAUGUCGUUAUCAUUAUCAUCAUUCAUUUGAUAGAAUGGAAAGAAAAAAACAUACAUAUGCGGGCCUCCAUCACAAACCUAACUGCGCCAUCCAUCUAUCAGUGUCAGUGCAACUACCGUACCGUGCGGUACGAUACGAAACACGGGAUGAAGUUUUACCGACCAUUAUUGGUCACUUUCGCAUUGGUGGUGGUUUUGUUGUGUGGUUUCAGUCAGGCAGCAGACGACAAGGAUUGGUACCAGCAUGCCACAUUCUAUCAGAUCUAUCCACGCUCGUUUCAAGAUAGCAAUGGCGAUGGCAUAGGAGAUCUGAAGGGUAUCACCUCCAGGAUGGAGUACCUUGCCGGGCUGGGUAUCGAUGCGACCUGGCUCAGUCCACCGUUCGUAUCACCGUUGGCAGACUUUGGGUACGAUGUGGCCGAUUUCUACGACAUCCAACCGGAGUACGGUACGUUGGCCGAUAUGGAGGAACUGAUCGCCGAAGCGCACCGUCACGGUAUCAAGCUGAUGCUGGACUUUAUACCGAAUCACAGCAGUGACGAGCACGAUUGGUUCGUACAGUCGGCUACCGGGAACGCAAAGUACCGUGACUACUAUAUAUGGCGUCCGGGCAAAGUGAACAGUGUGACGGGAGAGUUAGAACCACCGAACAAUUGGAUAUCGGUGUUUGGUGGACCGGCCUGGACGUACGAUACACGGCGCGGUGAGUUCUACCUGCAUCAGUUCACGAAGAAGCAAGCGGAUUUGAAUUACCGCAAUCCAACCGUGGUGCAGGAGAUGACGGACAUGCUCACGUUCUGGCUGGAGAAGGGUGUCGAUGGGUUCCGACUGGAUGCCAUCAAUCAUAUGUUUGAGGAUCCACAGCUGAGAGAUGAACCGCCUGGUUGGGGACCUCCAGGGUCGUAUGAUGAGUUGGAUCACAUCUACACCAAAGAUAACCCGGACACGUACGGUGUGGUGUACAAUUGGCGUGAACUGUGUGAAGACUAUGGCAGGAGGUUCAAUAAAACGAUCAUCAUUAUGACGGAGGCGUACGCAUCGAUCGAGAACACGAUGCUGUACUACGAGGAUGCGACCGGUACGCGACAGGGUGCCCAUAUGCCGUUUAACUUCCAGCUGAUCUACGACUUCAAGAACGACCAGAAUGCAAUCGGGUUAAAGCAAUCGAUCGACUUCUGGAUGAACCAUAUGCCGGCACGCCAUACACCGAGCUGGGUGGCAGGAUCGCACGAUCAUUCGCGUGUCGCCUCACGAGUUGGAUUGGUACAUGUCGAUCAGGUGCUUACGCUAGUCCACACCCUACCAGGCACAAGCAUCACAUACUACGGCGAAGAGAUCGGUAUGUUUGAUUUUAAGGAAGCGGAAACGUACGAUAAUCGUGAUCCAAACCGUACACCGAUGCAGUGGGAUAAUACGAUAUCGGCCGGAUUUAGCACGAACCGUACCACCUGGCUAAGGCUUCAUCCCGACUAUCCGACGCGCAACGUCAUGUUGCAGGAAGCGGCCGAGAAGAGUACGCUAAAGCAUUUCCGCACACUGACGGCACUCAGGCGCCAUCCUUCGCUGGUGCAUGGUGAGUUUGUGCACCGUACCGUUGGUGCGGAUGUGUACGCAUUUAGCCGUGAGCUUCAUGGCGAGGAUACGCUUGUUACCGUGCUCAAUAUGGCGGCCAGUAAUCGAACGGUUGAUUUGGGAGAUUUUGUGAAUCUACCUCACCGGGUCAAGGUGGAGAUAGCACAACCGGAUUCCAACUACAAAGCAGGGGAUGAAAUUGAUAUUCACACAGUGACGCUACUGAAGCACGAUUCUGUGGUAUUGCGAGCCAUUGCAUCGGGAUCGACUGGUAUAAAGCUAUCGAUGAUUGUCAUGCUGUUGGCAGCGGUGAAACAUUUGCUUUAAAAAGGCACCAUUAAAUUGUGGUAAUAAAGGUACCAUGUUGUUAAUUUGUACAA